AUGCUGCCCGUCCUUACCAAAUAUAAUAUAAUCGAACGAGAUGAAGAAACGUACAUCAUACUAGUCGUAAGAAUGAAAAGAAUCCGAAAUUUUGCCCAAGCGAACAUUUCAAAUGAAGCACCUUUUCGCAAAAAAAAAAUAAAAAAAGUCCUAUUCGAUUCAUUCCUAUUUUUCGGGCAAACAAAUCCACAUUAUUCAGAAGAAACAAAUUGUAGAAAACUAAGAGCAUACCAGUUGACGAAGCUGAUAUACCCCUGCCGUCUUGGCAUUUUUACAUGCGCCUAUGCAUCCCCAAAAUCUGUCACACUUUUGGACUUAUCCUAUUACAUUUGUAACUUUACCAACAUACUGGCCCUGUCGACAAGAAAAAAAAAACACCCGCGCAAUACGAUAAAAAGUAAAAUUCUGAAGACCAGAAAAAGGAAAAGAGAUUACGAUGAAGUAUAUAAGGAUUAUCUGAUUCAACCGGCCCUUCCGUACGAUGAAGACAAAAAGGGAGGCGGACAACAUAAAUGCUAUGCUUGCGACAUUUAUUUUAUAAAUGACGACGCGAAGAAACAACACGAAAAAACGAAGAAACACAAGAGGAGAGUGAAAAUGCUUAACACAGAGACACCCUACACUUAUAAGGACGCCCUGAAGGCUGCCGAGAUUACCCUGUAA